AUGGAGGGUACCGCAAACUUGGUAGUCUAUCGCGACGGUGAGAUAAUACGUAAUACUCAUGAGGGAGUGAGGUUUGUGUGCCAGAAUCAGUUUUCAUUUGUGGUUCCAUGCACCAUGAUGUUUAUGGAACUUCAGAACUGUCUCUGUCAAAGCAUGGAGAACGGUACGUUAAUGAGAGUGAGCAGAAUUCUGUACCGAAAUCCGGUUGUAGUUUUUGGUGGUCUAAUACAGUUUGAUACCAUGCCAAUCACUGACGAAGUGACUAUGCAUAAUAUGUUUCAAAUUCACCGGCAGACUCAGAUGCGACAGCCACAGAUUGAGCUGUAUGUUGAGUUUGAAAUCGUAGAGGCGGAAGGGAUUCAAAAUGAUUUAGAGGUGGAGGAUGAUAGAGCUGCAGUGUACGAGGGAAUGAAUAGUGACAGCGAAGAGGACUUCGAAGCCACUUAUGAAGCCGGCGACGAAGACGAGGAUGGUGAUGUGGGAGUUGAGACAGCAGCGGAUAAUGUAGUGGUUCACCCCUCGAUCAGUCAACCGAUGAACGUGCCACCUUUUAUGCGUGAGUUGGAUCUCGAUGCCAUGCAUGCACUGGAGUUUCCGGAAUAUUCAAACAUAGGCAUUGUUGAUCCCGAGGACGAAGAGUUCCGGAUUGGAAUGGAAUACAGUUCUAGAAAGUCGGUUGUUGCAGCAAUUAGAAGUUACACUAUCGCUAGAGGAGUUGACUACGACGUGUAUGAGUUUGAGCCACAGACGUUCUAUGAAAAAUGCAAGAUGUAUGGGCGUGGGUGCGACUGGCUUAUCCGAGCCAGCUUGAUACGGAAAAAAGGUUGUUGGAAGAUACGCAGAUACAAUGGUAGGCACACGUGCACAAUGGGAGUGAUUUUACAGGAUCAUUCCAAGUUGGACUCGGAUACAGUUGCUGAGGCUAUAAGGCCAUUGGUCGAGGCUGACCCGUCCAUCAAGGUGAAAUCUAUAAUAGCCGAAGUCCAGUCAAGAUUCAACUAUACCAUCAGUUACCGAAAGGCUUGGUUGGCAAAGCAGAAGUCCAUAGUGAAAGUUUUCGGUGAUUGGGAGGAGUUUCCAAGCCUUGCCGUGGUGGCUCUCGAUUAUGGUUCAGAAGAUGCCUGGCAUUGGCCCAAUUCUGUAGUUGCUGAUCUCCGUGACCGCCGACGAAGAAGUCAAACCAAUCAUGACCGACUGGAAUCGUCAGUAUCGGCUGACACACCUGGCUGGACUGGCCCUGGUGCCUGUGCUGAGAGUGCUGGGAAUGGUGGCUGUGCUGAGAGUGAUGAGAGUGGUGGCUGGACGCACUCUGGUCCUAUGGCUAUGGUACAUAAUAAGGAACCGACUCAAACACUGCAUGCUGAGGUGGGACCUGAUGUGCAGGUGGGACCUGAGGUGCAGGUGGCUGAGGUGCAGGUGGAUGAGGAACAUACGCCGACAAUCUCAGCAUAUGUCCGAAUGAGCACACGUACCAAUCUCGAUACUCCGAGGUCGGUAUGA